AUGAUCCAUGCUCAGGAAUUGCUGACAUUUGAUGAUGUAGCCAUAAAGUUCACCUGGGAAGAGUGGCAGCUACUAGACCCUGCUCAGAAAGACCUAUACCAGGAUGUGAUGUUGGAGAACUAUAGCAACCUGGUGUCCAUUGGGCAUCAAUCUGACAAUCCAGAUACACAUUCCGCGUUGGAACGAGGAGAAGUCCUGUGGACCAUAGAAGAUGAAAUCCACAGUCAGAUCUACCCAGAAAUCUGCAAGGUUGAUCAUCUGUAUGGUCACUUGGAAAAUCAAGGAAUGCUGGACAGUAUCGAACAAUACCGUGAACAUAGUGCAUUUGGAAAUGUUGUGCAUCAUUUUCCUUUCAGACAAAAUCAUGAUAUGUUUGAAUUAUAUAUAAAAACUUUGAAAUCAAAUUUAAGUGUGGCCAACCAGAACAAAAGCUAUGAAAUUAAGAACUCUGCUAAAUUUAAUGGAGGUGGUAAAUCAUUUCUGCAUAGUAGUCAUGAACAAUUUCAUUCUGAAGUUAAAUUCUCUUUAAGUACAAAACCUAUCAGUACUACGUCCCAAGUAAUUAAUCAUCAGAGUCUUCAAAAAACAGAGAAAAGCCACAUUUGCAGCGAAUGUGGGAAGGCUUUCAUGAAAAAGUCUCAGCUCAUUGAUCACCAGAGAGUUCAUACAGGAGAGAAACCUUAUGGCUGCAGCACUUGUGGGAAAGCAUUCUCCAGAAAGUCUAGGCUAAAUGAACAUCAGCGUAACCACACAGGAGAGAAACCCUAUAUAUGCAAUGAUUGUGGAAAAGGCUUCACCAUGAAGAGCCGUCUGAAUGAACAUCACCGAACUCACACAGGAGAGAAACCCUAUGUGUGCAACGUAUGUGGGAAAGGCUUUCCCAGGAGGAGUAAUCUCAUCAUACAUCAGCGAAACCAUGGAGUAGAGAAAUCCUAUCUGUGCAGUGAGUGUGGAAAAGGCUUCACUGUGAAAAGCAUGCUCAUCAUACAUCAGCGAAGUCAUACUGGAGAGAAACCCUACAUAUGUACUGAAUGCGGAAAAGGCUUCCCCCUGAAGAGUCGUCUGAUCGUACAUAAGCGAACUCAUACUGGUGAGAAACCCUACAAAUGUAAUGAAUGUGGGAAAGGUUUCAUCGUGAAUAGUGGACUGAUGUUACAUCAACGAACUCAUACUGGAGAGAAACCCUACGUAUGCAAUGAAUGUGGAAAAACUUUUGCCUACAAGAGCAAUCUCAUUGUACACCAGCGAACUCACACUGGAGAGAAACCUUUUAUGUGCAGUGACUGUGGGAAAGGUUUCACUAUGAAACGCUAUGUCAUCAUACAUCAGCAAACUCAUACAGCAGAAAGACCCCAUAUGUGCAGUGAAUGUGGAAAAGGCUUUACCACGAAGAGUGAACUCAUUGACCAUCAACAGAUUCAUACUGGAGAGAAACCCUAUGAAUGCAAAGAAUGUGGGAAAGGCUUCACCGUAAAAAGCCGGCUAAUUGUACAUCAGCGAACUCACACUGGGGAGAAACCCUUUAUAUGCAGUGUUUGUGGAAAAGGCUUCUCCUCAAAGAGAAAUCUACUUGUACAUCAGCGAACUCAUAACGGAGAGAAACCCUAA